UCUGACUCGUACAAGGCUUCUGCGUAGCCUUCGCCACCUGCGCCAUGCCCCAGAGGUUCGGCCGAUCCCGCGUCGCUCAUUCUCGCUUCUUCCUUUGCUCGCGGCUCGCGUUGACUGCGAGAGGCCACAUGCCUCGUCCAACCACAUCCUCUCACUGCCUUGCUCCUCCACCACCACUCCUCUCCCUUCUUCCUCCCCUCCCUGCCAGCCAGGGCACUCUCCCUCUCCCACCUCCGUUCGCCGCAGGUGAGUGCGCGGCUACGGGUGUCUGGCCAGCAGCAACAGCUGCGGCAGUUCCGCGCCCGGAGAAGCCGCGCGCUGGGCGAUGUGGAGGACGACGACCUGCCGCUUCCUCAUUCGGGCGUCCUCCUCUGCGCCGUCGAGAGACGGCCAUGGCCGCCCGAUGCCCGAGCGCCGCCGGCCAAGGAUCCGCCGGCGUCCAGACCCCCUCCACGCCAUCCCCAUCUCGCCAGAGACCUACACCAAGUCCCAUCCAGCGCCCGCGCCACCCUUCGGGCCCCGCCCCGCAGCUCUGCAGCCCGAGCGCUUCGGCCGCCUCGCACCUGAAGCAGAGGAGAGGAGCUCCCUACCACGAGCCUCUCCAGCCCCGGCAAACCAGCAGGCCGACCCCGCCUCCUAGUCACUUCCCUCCUUCCUUUUUUUCCGUCGGGACGCAUCACCCCUUCCUUGGCUUCUGCGG